AGCUUUUAUCGUCCUCAUCACACACACACACACACUCCUCUCUUCUUCUCUCAAACAAAACGAAAAUGGAAUCGAAUGUGGUAGUAGUAGAGAACCAAAACGCAGAAAGGAAAUCGACAGAAGAAGAAGAAGCAGUCGCCACCAUUGUAACUUCUUCUCUACCAAUCGCCUCCCUGUCUCUCUCCUUGUCGACCCAGUUUAGAUUCUCACAACUCUUUGCACAUCAUCCAAACAAGGUUAAGAUCCCAACGCAGGCCUCUUACCUCACCCACCUCUCCCUUUCCUCCCUUUCUCCUUCUCCUCCGAGAAUCACCUCCUCCUUCUCCGCUAACCCUCUCCACUCCCCUCUCUCCAUCGUCCCCCGCCGCCCAUUCGAUCCUUCCUCCGCCGCCGCUCUCCGCCGAUCCGCCCUCGUCUGGUUCCGUAACGACCUCCGCGUCCACGACAACGAGUGUCUCAACUCCGCCAACGACGAGUCCCUCUCUCUUCUGCCCGUUUACUGCUUCGACCCUCGCGACUACGGCAAAUCCUCCUCCGGUUUCGACAAAACCGGUCCCUUUCGCGCCCAGUUUCUGAUCGAAUCCGUCUCCGAGCUCCGGAAGAAUCUCGAGGCGAGGGGCUCCAAUCUCGUUGUACGGGUGGGGAAACCGGAAACUGUUCUGGUGGAAUUGGCAAAGGAGAUCGGAGCAGACGCGAUUUACGCACACAGGGAAGUGUCUCACGACGAGGUCAAGGCGGAAGGGAAAAUAGAGAGUGCUAUGAAGGAGGAAGGCGUCGAAGUGAAGUACUUUUGGGGAAGCACUCUCUAUCAUUUGGACGACUUGCCUUUCAAGAUCCAAGACUUGCCUUCUAACUACGGUGCCUUCAAGGACAAGGUUCACAAACUUGAGAUUAGGAAGACUAUCGCUGCGUUGGAUCAGUUGAAGAGCUUCCCCUCUCGUGGUGACGUUCAGCUUGGCGAUAUUCCUUCUCUCUUGGACCUCGGCAUCAACCCUACUCCCAGAACCAGCCAGGAGGGGAAACCGACGAUGGUUGGAGGAGAGACAGAGGCGUUGACUAGGCUAAAGAGCUUUGCAGCUGAUUGUCAAGCUCGAUUGACCAAGGGGGGAAAUCACAAAGGAGGCAAUAACAGCGUGUUUGGUGCUAACUUCUCUUGUAAGAUAUCUCCUUGGUUAGCCAUGGGAAGCAUCUCUCCUCGUUCCAUGUUCGAUGAGCUCAAGAAAACUAUUUCCGCCGCCUCUACUCCAAGGAACGGACCUGGUGAUACGGGAUUGAACUGGUUGAUGUAUGAGUUGCUUUGGAGAGAUUUCUUCAGGUUUAUAACCAAGAAGUACAGCUCGGCCAAGACGCAGGUGGAGGCAGGUCCUGCUACAGCCUGUACCGGCGCUCUUGCUUAAACCUUAAAAAUUAGAACCCAACUGGUGUAUGCCCAAUACCACCUUUUGUAGCUGUGAAUUUAUCUGUCUGCCAUCUAGGCAGGGACUUAACUGCUACUAUAUCUUUUGAAAACCGAGUGUCCGGAGAAUUUAACUAUAAGCUCAUUUUGUUUUGCUUAA